AUGAAGGUUACAAACAUAAAAAUUAUGAAGUAUUACUCUUAUUGGGUGAAUAUACCAUUAGGUCCACCAGAUCCUAUAAUAGGCCUUAUGGAUACAAUGCGAAAGGACACCCACAAAAAUAAAGUCGAUUUGACCAUGGGGACGUAUCACGAUGAGAAUGGGCCUCAUGUGCUACCCAGUGUAACAAAAGCCAUGGAAAGGAUUUUACUAAAGAAUAUGAAUCAAGAAUAUUUACCCAUUCAAGGCGAUACGACAUUUUGUAAAAUGUCUCAAGAAUUUGCCUUCGGAGAGCGCAGCGAAUGUUUGGACGACAAGGUAGCUACAGUGCAAUGUGUUUCAGGAACCGGCGCUUUAAGCAUCGGCGGAAUGUUUUUAUCUAAGUUUUGGUCCGGAGAAAAAAUUCUUUUUGUAUCUAAACCCACUUGGCCACCUCACAUCGGCAUAAUGAAAAACGUAGGAUUACCAGUUAAACAGUAUACGUACACAAAUUCAGAAGUUAAGUUAGAUUUCAAAGGCAUGAUGAGGGACGUAGCAAUGAUGCCUGAUAAGUCCAUUAUUUUACUUCAAGCUAGUGCUCAUAAUCCUACAGGAGUAGAUCUGAAGAAAAAACAGUGGAAAAUUUUGGCUAAGUCUAUUAAACAGAAACAAAUGCUUCCAUUUUUUGAUUUGGCGUUCCAGGGAUUUGCAACUGGUGACAUGAAUAUCGACGCUUUUCCACUAAGAUAUUUCGUAAGUCACGGUAUAAAUUUAUGUGUGGCAUCAAGUUUUUCGAAAAAUAUGGGCUUGUAUGCUGAACGUGUAGGCGUUUUAUCGUUUACAACUGAUUGUAAAGAAGAAAGUGAUCGUAUCAUGUCUCAAUUAAAAAUUAUCAUCCGUCCUCUGUAUAACAGCCCACCAGCUCAUGGGGCGCGCAUAGUCAUGGAAAUUUUAUCCGAUGAGGAAUUGUAUUGCAUGUGGCAAAAAGAUUUAAAAAAAAUGUUGCUACGAUUAAGAAAAGCAAGAGUACAUUUAUACAAAGCUUUAAAGAAACAAGGAUCUAAGAAAAAUUGGAAGAAUAUUUUAUCACAAAUUGGACCUUAUUACUAUAUGAAUAUGAGCGAUGAACAUGUGAAGCGAUUAAAGGAUGAGUUCCACAUAUAUGUGAGGCAUGAAGGAAGAUUGUCUUUGGCAGGAAUUAAAAAACUGAAUGUAGAUUAUGUUGCCAAAGGGCUUCAUGAAGUAACAAAAUAA